AUGUCUUACCAGCCGGCCCAAUACCAGCCAGGUCAAUCCCCGCAGGCGCAGACCCAAAUGCACCAGCCGGUUCCCGUUUCAACGCCUGGAGCACAACCACCUCAUUCUCGCCCUGUUUCCCAGAUGCCGCAACAGAAUUUCUAUGUUGCACCGAGUCCUCAGCCGCUCCAGCAACAGGCUCAGUUCAGCCAACACCAGCAGCCCCAGCAGCUAUCUCAACAACCCCAGCAGUCGCCUCAGAUCCAGCAUACCCAAUAUGCUCAGCAGUUGCACCACCAACAAUCGCCGGUCUAUGCUAGCUCAGCCCAUCAGCAACAGCUUCAUACUCCCCAGCAGCAGCAAGUUCAGACGAAUCAUUUUGCUCAGCAGCAGUCGCCAGUCUAUGCCGCAUCGACCCUUCAAUCCCCUCAGCAGCAGACCCAGUACACACAACAGCAGCAGGUCCAGCAGGUCCAGCAAGUCCAGCAAAAUCAACGUCCUCAGCAGCAACAAAUUCAGCAUCCUCAACUAGCACAGCAGAACCAGCUUCCUCAGCAGACCCAGCAUUUCCAGCAGCAGGCCCAGUACACUCAGCAGCAGCAGCAGCAACAGCAAGCACAGCAAAAUCAACAGCCUCAGCAGCAGCAAAUCCAGUAUCCUCAACAACAGCAAACCCAGAAUUCCCCGCUAGCACAACAGAAUCAACUUCCUCAGCAGGCCCAAAAUCUCCAGCAGCAGGUCCAGUAUACUCAGCAGCAGGGCCAACAAAUUCAGCAAGCACAGCAAAAUCAACGUCUCCAACAGCAGCAGGUUCAGCAAACGCAGCAAGUACAACCAAACCAGAAUCUCCAACAGACCCAGCAUCUCCAGUAUCAGCCUCAAUACACGCAACAGCACCAACAGCAGACUCUCCAAGCGCAGCAGCCCCAAAACACUCAGCAGCAUGUCCAGCAGAACCAAAAUGUCCAGCAAGCCCAGCAGAUCCAGUAUGUCAACCAGCAACCGUUACAGCCUGCACUAGGGAAUACCUCCAACAUGCCAAUCCGACGAAGAGCCGUCCAACCUGUCGCAUCAGUGCCUGGGCAGCAAACACAACAACAUCCUGCCCUUGUGUCUCAACCGCAGAGCGCAACGCUUUAUGCCAACAGUCCGCUACCAGUUUCGUCUGUGCAAAAUAGCCCUGCGACUAUCAACAGUAGUAUUAGUUCCCAAACUCCUGUUACAACUAUUAGUACGCCUGGCACGAUGGCGAGUCCGGCGUGGCAGAAUCCCGUUGUCCCCAAUCCCGCCGGUUCACCCUUGCGGCAAUGCACCUGGUGCAAGCAAGGUAUUGCGGCAAUGGUCUCUGCUCAUACCUGUCUCAUUUGCAGCACUGCCGAAAUUGUAACCAUUUCCUGCCCUCCAUGCUUCAUGACCAGCCCGGCUACCUCACACGCGCAUGAGAAGUCCUACUUUGCAGGAGACUCAGAUCAAUGCAUCCAGAUCUCUGACAAGACCAUCCCGGCAAACCUCUGGACUCUCCGUAGGAACUUUGCCGGAAGAACAUGGUACGCGCAUAAUUCCACAGGGCUCAGAACUCACAUCAAGCCAGUGGUCAUGCCAGGGGAAUCUGCAUUGCUCCCUGGAUGGGAAGAAAGCAAGGCUCCAGACGGCCGUCCAUACUACUUCAAACGCAGCACAAAUACCAGCGUAUGGCAGAAACCGACCAUUGUACUUCCGAGUGGAUGGAAGGAGGUGCGAACUCCAGAGUCAGCUCCUCUCUACAUCCAUGAGGCACUGGGAUUAUCUACGUGGAACAACCCGGGGCUGAAGUCCACCCUGCAGUCAACCCAGAAGGCAGUACAAGGCGGCCAACCAGUAACCAGUGUGGCAGCCGGUAAUCCUUCAGCUGUGAAUAUGGCAGGGGCAGGGCUCAUGUCUGCAACAAAGGCAGCAGCCAAGUAUACGAGCCAGGGCUAUAAGACCGCGAGCAAGAAAAUGGGCAAGUUUGGGACAAAGGGCAAUUUGAAAAAGAUGGGACUCCUUGUUGGCGGAGCUGCUCUUUUGGUCGGCGGCGGUGAGCUUGUGGGUGAGAUUGGAGACCUUGGAGAUGCCGGAGGAGACUUUGGGGGAGGAGACUUUGGUGGAGGAGACUUUGGUGGAGGAGAUGGUGGAGAUGGCGGUGGUGGAGGAGAGAGUGCAGGUGACAGCCAGCAGCCUGCAUAUGAGCAACAAUCAGCAUAUGAGCAGCCAGCAUACGAACAACCAGCGUACGAACAACCGGCAUACGAGCAACCAGCAUACGAACAGCCAGCAUACGAACAACCGGCAUACGAGCAACAGGCAUAUGAGCAACAAGCAUACGAACAACCGGUAUAUGAGCAACAAACAUACGAACAACCCGCAUACGAUCAACCUGCAUUUGAACAGCAAGCAUUUGAACAGCAAGCAUUUGAACAGCCGGCAUAUGAACAGCCGGCGUACGAGCAGCCGGCUUACGAACAGCCGGUAUUUGAACAGCCGACAUAUGAAGAACCAGCAUCUGACCAGCCCGCAUCUGACCAACCUCUAUCCGACCAAACAGUAUCUGACCAACCUGUAUCCGACCAAACGGUAUCCGAUCAACCAGCAACCGACCAAACGGUAUCCGAUCAACCAGCAUCCGACCAACCCGUCUCUGAACAGCAAGUCUCUGAACCACCAGCCUCUGAGCCGCCAGCAUCUGAACAUCCGGUAUCUGAACAUCCAGCUCACUCGUCAUUCGCGUACGAACCUCUGGAGUGGGAGCAACCCGCAUACGACGCGUCGGAACCAUAUCACCCUUCAGCAUUUGUUGAGCCGGUGGUAGAGCAGCCAGUGUUCGAACAGGAGGUGUUGGAGCAGCAGGCGAUUGUGGAGCAAGCGGUGGUAGAGCAGGCGAUCUUGGAGCAGGCGGUGGUGGAGCAAGCGGUGGUGGAGCAGGCAAUUUUGGAGCAAGCGGUGGUAGAGCAGGCGGCGGUUGAAACAAUCAUCACUGAGUCCGCAACAAACCAAGUGGUUGCCUCACAGCCAUCGUCAGUUGUAGUUCCAGUUUAUGACUCGUCGGCGGCGCUAGCUCUGAUAUAG